GGAGCACAUCCUCAUUUGUUACUAAAGUCAAGUCAUCAUCACUAGUCUGCGUGGGGAACUUUCCACCGUACAGGCAGAGAUCUUGCAGCCAGUCCAAAACCCUAUCCUUCCUUAUGUGGGCCCAAUUUCUGGAGGACUGAGAGAAGGCAUGGCCUUGUACUUUCAAGGAGUUGUUCCCACUAAUGCUGACAAGUUUGAAAUAAAUUUCAAGACUGGGCAGUCCAGUCACGAUGACAUUGCUUUCCACUUCAACCCUCGAAUGGGCUCAAAGGUGGUCAUGAACAGUUUCGGGAACAAAAAAUGGGGAGCUGAGGAAAGUUUCUCUGAUAACCCCUUUAAAAAGGGACAAGCUUUUGAGAUGUUCAUCGUCAUCAAAUCUGAAGGAUAUCAGGUAUACGUGAAUGGCAAGGAGCAGUACACAUUCAGGCACCGUAUACCAUUGGAAAAAGUGUCAGCGUUAAAUAUCUUUGGAGAUGUUGCCGUGAAUCUUUCUGGCUUCAUUCAAAACUGGAGCACAUCCUCAUUUGUUACUAAAGUCAAGUCAUCAAUCACUAGUCUGCGUGGGGAACUUUCCACCGUACAGGCAGAGAUCUUGCAGCCAGUCCAAAACCCUAUCCUUCCUUAUGUGGGCCCAAUUUCUGGAGGACUGAGAGAAGGCAUGGCCUUGUACUUUCAAGGAGUUGUUCCCACUAAUGCUGACAAGUUUGAAAUAAAUUUCAAGACUGGGCAGUCCAGUCACGAUGACAUUGCUUUCCACUUCAACCCUCGAAUGGGCUCAAAGGUGGUCAUGAACAGUUUCGGGAACAAAAAAUGGGGAGCUGAGGAAAGUUUCUCUGAUAACCCCUUUAAAAAGGGACAAGCUUUUGAGAUGUUCAUCGUCAUCAAAUCUGAAGGAUAUCAGGUAUACGUGAAUGGCAAGGAGCAGUACACAUUCAGGCACCGUAUACCAUUGGAAAAAGUGUCAGCGUUAAAUAUCUUUGGAGAUGUUGCCGUGAAUCUUUCUGGCUUCAUUCAAAACUGGAGCACAUCCUCAUUUGUUACUAAAGUCAAGUCAUCAAUCACUAGUCUGCGUGGGGAACUUUCCACCGUACAGGCAGAGAUCUUGCAGCCAGUCCAAAACCCUAUCCUUCCUUAUGUGGGCCCAAUUUCUGGAGGACUGAGAGAAGGCAUGGCCUUGUACUUUCAAGGAGUUGUUCCCACUAAUGCUGACAAGUUUGAAAUAAAUUUCAAGACUGGGCAGUCCAGUCACGAUGACAUUGCUUUCCACUUCAACCCUCGAAUGGGCUCAAAGGUGGUCAUGAACAGUUUCGGGAACAAAAAAUGGGGAGCUGAGGAAAGUUUCUCUGAUAACCCCUUUAAAAAGGGACAAGCUUUUGAGAUGUUCAUCGUCAUCAAAUCUGAAGGAUAUCAGGUAUACGUGAAUGGCAAGGAGCAGUACACAUUCAGGCACCGUAUACCAUUGGAAAAAGUGUCAGCGUUAAAUAUCGUUGGAGAUGUUGCCGUGAACCUUUUUGGCUUCAUACAAAACUGGAGCACAUCUUCAUUUCCUACAGAAGUUACAACAAAAAUCAUCAGUCUGGGCAGCUCACGUGGGGAACGUUCAACCGUACAGGCAGAGAUCUUGCAGCCAGUCCAAAACCCUAUCCUUCCUUAUGUGGGCCCAAUUUCUGGAGGACUGAGAGAAGGCAUGGCCUUGUACUUUCAAGGAGUUGUUCCCACUAAUGCUGACAAGUUUGAAAUAAAUUUCAAGACUGGGCAGUCCAGUCACGAUGACAUUGCUUUCCACUUCAACCCUCGAAUGGGCUCAAAGGUGGUCAUGAACAGUUUCGGGAACAAAAAAUGGGGAGCUGAGGAAAGUUUCUCUGAUAACCCCUUUAAAAAGGGACAAGCUUUUGAGAUGUUCAUCGUCAUCAAAUCUGAAGGAUAUCAGGUAUAUGUGAAUGGCAAGGAGCAGUACACAUUCAGGCACCGUAUACCAUUGGAAAAAGUGUCAGCGUUAAAUAUCUUUGGAGAUGUUGCCGUGAAUCUUUCUGGCUUCAUUCAAAACUGGAGCACAUCCUCAUUUGUUACUAAAGUCAAGUCAUCAAUCACUAGUCUGCGUGGGGAACUUUCCACCGUACAGGCAGAGAUCUUGCAGCCAGUCCAAAACCCUAUCCUUCCUUAUGUGGGCCCAAUUUCUGGAGGACUGAGAGAAGGCAUGGCCUUGUACUUUCAAGGAGUUGUUCCCACUAAUGCUGACAAGUUUGAAAUAAAUUUCAAGACUGGGCAGUCCAGUCACGAUGACAUUGCUUUCCACUUCAACCCUCGAAUGGGCUCAAAGGUGGUCAUGAACAGUUUCGGGAACAAAAAAUGGGGAGCUGAGGAAAGUUUCUCUGAUAACCCCUUUAAAAAGGGACAAGCUUUUGAGAUGUUCAUCGUCAUCAAAUCUGAAGGAUAUCAGGUAUACGUGAAUGGCAAGGAGCAGUACACAUUCAGGCACCGUAUACCAUUGGAAAAAGUGUCAGCGUUAAAUAUCUUUGGAGAUGUUGCCGUGAAUCUUUCUGGCUUCAUUCAAAACUGGAGCACAUCCUCAUUUGUUACUAAAGUCAAGUCAUCAAUCACUAGUCUGCGUGGGGAACUUUCCACCGUACAGGCAGAGAUCUUGCAGCCAGUCCAAAACCCUAUCCUUCCUUAUGUGGGCCCAAUUUCUGGAGGACUGAGAGAAGGCAUGGCCUUGUACUUUCAAGGAGUUGUUCCCACUAAUGCUGACAAGUUUGAAAUAAAUUUCAAGACUGGGCAGUCCAGUCACGAUGACAUUGCUUUCCACUUCAACCCUCGAAUGGGCUCAAAGGUGGUCAUGAACAGUUUCGGGAACAAAAAAUGGGGAGCUGAGGAAAGUUUCUCUGAUAACCCCUUUAAAAAGGGACAAGCUUUUGAGAUGUUCAUCGUCAUCAAAUCUGAAGGAUAUCAGGUAUACGUGAAUGGCAAGGAGCAGUACACAUUUAAGCACCGUAUACCGCUGGAAAAAGUGUCAGCGUUAAACAUCUUUGGAGAUGUUGCCGUGAACCUUUUUGGCUUCAUACAAAACUGGAGCACAUCUUCAUUUCCUACAGAAGUUACAACAAAAAUCAUCAGUCUGGGCAGCUCACGUGGGGAACGUUCAACCGUACAGGCAGAGAUCUUGCAGCCAGUCCAAAACCCUACUCUUCCUUAUGUGGGCCAAAUUCCAGAGGGAAUGAGAGAAGGCAUGGCCUUAUGCGUGCAGGGAGUAGUUCCUACUAAUGCUAAACGGUUUUCAAUCAAUUUCAAGACUGGGCCUAGUGACAAGGAUGGCAUUGCUUUCCAUUUUAACCCUCGAAUGGGUUCGAAUGUGGUCAUGAACAGCUUUACAAAUGGAAAAUGGGGAACUGAGCAAACUGUCUCUGACAACCCCUUUAAAAACGGAGAAGAUUUUGAGAUGUUCAUCAUCAUCAGAUCUGAAGGAUAUCAGGUACAAAUAAAAGGCCAACAACACAGCAUGUUCAAGCACCGCGUCCCUUUGGAAAAAGUUAAUACAAUCAACAUUAAUGGAUCUGUCUCCAUCAGCUACCUUGGUUUUGUCAUGGGUAUGUGAACAGGAGCGUUUCUGUGGCUGCAUUCUCAGAGAAUAACGUUAAAAUCAUGCAUGUCUUCAUCCUGAUAUUCACUCCUCAAGCAAAUCAUUGAUUUUAAUCUAACACAUUAUAACCAAUCAAGGUCACUGCUUAUAUUGCAAUGAAAGCAAAUACAUUUAAUUUUCUUAAACCACACUGCUCUAUGUUGGGAGUUUUGGGUCACAAUACAAACACAUUUUAGAAAAAGCUCUGUCACCAUAUGGAUAUAUAGACACCUGUAAUGCAUUAUAUUAAUUUGAGGGGGUUUUCUUUUAUUCUUAAGCAAACUGAAAUCUAAUGGCAAUGUUAUUUGGAUUUUUUUAUGCAAACUCAAUGACUGUUUUUGGCAAACCAUUCUGAAAGUAAAUCUUGAGAUACAACAAUAAAAACAAAGCUUUUCAGUUCA